UUUUCCCCCCAUUCCCUCCUCCUUUCCCCAACUAAACAAACUGACCAGAUUCCCCCAUUUCCCCCUUCGUCUCAAAUCCCUUUCUCUCUUCCCUCUUUCACACCAUCGACUAAUUAAUGGCGAAUAAUGCAUCGACGGCGGACUCCCCCGGCCGCUGCGACAGCGAGGGAAGGGAUCGGCAGCAGAGCAGCAGCGUGUGGGAGAUCGAAGAGGAGAGCGAGCUGUUCGAGAUCAACCAUGGAAGGGCGAGCAUCAAGGAAGAGAUCAGCCUGACGGACGCCGGGAGCAUGUUCUCCGUAGACGUCAACGGCAGCGGCGAGGGAGCGGAGGAGUGCGUGUACGUGGGAGUAGGGAAGGGCGAUUCCAGCCUCGAAGCGGUGGCUUGGGCGGCGGCCCAAUCCAGCUCCGCCACCGUGGUUUACCUCAUCCACGUGUUCCCUCAAGUCCACCACAUUCCUUCUCCCCUGGGUAAGCUGCCAAAGAGGCAAGUGAGUGGAGAACGAGUGGAGAAGUACAUGGCAGAGGAACGAGACAAGAGAAGAGAGCUCCUCCAGAGAUUCAUCAACAAGUGCUCUGCCUCUGCCUCUGCCUCUGCCUCUGCCUCUGCGACUGCUUCCAAGGUCAAGGUGGAGACGGUGCUGAUAGAGAGCGACUGGGUGGCGAAGGCGAUGGUGGAGUUGAUCCCGAUCCUCAACAUCAGGAAGCUGGUCUUAGGAACCAACAGAUCCAACGUCAAGAAGCUCAAGCACAGAAAGGGCGGCAACAGCAACAUCGCCGCCCAGGUGCUCCAGAGCUCCCCCGAGUGGUGCGAGAUCAGCGUCAUCUCCCAAGGGAAGCUCCUCCUCAACACCACCGCCGCCUCGGGAAGCAGCCCCAGUAGUACUGCUGCCGGCUCAUCAUCAUCUCCUUCGCCGCCGCCGCCUAGCACUAGCAGUACUACUGGUGAGAUAAUCAAGGCGGCGGCCAUGGAAUUGGAGGAGCUGCAAGUAAUUACUAGUAGCAACCACAACGACGGGGACGCCUUUGCUUGCAUGUGUUUUCGCUCGCCCAAGGUGGCCAUCUAAUUCUAGCUCCUAGGCUACCUACUCUUCUCCAUCUCUCUCUCUAGUUUUAGAUCCUCCUCUAUAUCUGUCUUUUUUUUUUUGACAAAAGAGAGUCUUUAUUGCAUUUUAACCGGUCAGAUACAAAGAGACAACAAACCAACAUUCUGGUUCAACAGGAAGAAGGAAAAGAGAACUCGGUUACAAUCAAACCAUGAAAAGCAAAAGCAAGAACAGAGAGCACAACACAGUUUGACAGCAACCAUCCAACAGAAACGAACCUUUGAAAAAACCAGUACAUCAGAAAUCUCUCUUGCAACCAACCACUUAGAAUGCAACAAGAGCGAAAUCAGCUUGUCCGAUCAACUCGAAAUCCAUGGCUAGUGAUUACAUCAACCAUAUGCCGCCUCCUGGGGAUAACUCAACGGCAUCCAUCACAGUGAAUCCUAGAAACAAGAUUGCAUGGCGGUGGAAAAGGAUUUGAACGGAUUGCUCCAAGCUGACAGAGGCAGAGGAAGCUGAGGCAGAGAAAUCAUGUUUGAAGCAGAGCAGAAGAUCACAAAGGAGCCACAAAUCUCCACGGAGAACACCGAUUACCAACCACAACCACCGGAGAAGACCCGACCCUCCACGAUCCGACGACUCACCCCGCAACACGAACACAAAGUGGAGGUCGGAAAGGGAAAGAAGAGAAUGGUUUCAUCAAAGGAUGAGACCACCAAUCUGGAAAAAUCACCACCAUCCAGAUCUGGAAUAGGCACCCACCAAACUGCAAACUCCGGAUCCUACAACGAGCAAACCUUGAAC